GCGCAGUGUGUGAGUCCCGGUCCCGGUGCUGGUGUAUGUGUGUGUGUGUGUGAGUGAGAGGCUCAGGAUGAAGCAGCAGAGUGUGUUUUUGCUUCUCAGCGCGUUUUACAGCGUCGUGUCGUCGCUUUAUUUCCACAUCGGUGAGACGGAGAAGAAAUGUUUCAUCGAGGAGAUUCCGGACGAGACGAUGAUCAUCGGAAACUACAGGACUCAGCUGUACGACAAACAGAGGGAGGAGUAUCUUCCUGCCACACAGGGACUGGGCAUGUUCGUCGAAGUCAAAGAUCCCGAUGACAAGGUGAUUCUGUCUCGUCAGUACGGUUCAGAGGGAAGAUUCACCUUCACGUCGCACACACCGGGAGAACAUCAGAUCUGUCUGCACUCCAACUCCUCCAAGUUCUCCCUGUUUGCUGGAGGCAUGCUGAGGGUUCACCUGGACAUCCAGGUGGGAGAACACGCCAACAACUACGCGGAGAUCGCAGCCAAAGACAAACUGACGGAGCUGCAGCUGAGAGUGAGACAGCUGGCGGAGCAGGUGGACCAGAUCCAGAAGGAGCAGAACUACCAGAGGUACCGCGAGGAGCGUUUCCGUCAGACCAGUGAAAGCACAAACCAGCGCGUCCUCUGGUGGUCCAUCGUCCAGACUCUCAUCCUGGUCGCCAUCGGCAUCUGGCAGAUGAGACAUCUCAAGAGCUUCUUCGAGGCCAAGAAACUGGUGUAGAGUGUGUGUGCGCGUGCGAGUGUGUGUGUGUGUGUUUAAUCUCUACUGAUGGAUGCAGUAAAAACUCCUGAGGAGUCACGACGCAGAAAAAUCCAACAUCAUCAUCAUCAUCAUGACCGUUGUUGUUGUUUUUCCUCAUUCGUUUAUCACAGCGACAGAAAAACAUGUGGAGCUAUUUAUUACACAGCUGUCAUAUCACGCGUGUUUGUGAGGGACAUGUUUGUUUAUUUGUUUGUCUCUAACAUGUUUGUUUGUGUUUAACAUGUUUGUUUGUUUGUGUUUAACAUGUUUGUUUGUUUGUAUCGGACAUAUGUCUGUCCUCUUCUCGUUCCUCGCUGUAAGUUUGUUACUGGCCACUAGAGAUGUCGGAAAGAAGAGUUGGGUUUUGUUAAUCUGAGUCCCCGAGUCCUCAGAUUAUCAUCAGAUUAUUAGAGUUUUUGGGGAGCAUAUUUUCAGAUGUAACAAAGAAUGAAUAAAGAUCAGUGAAGAUGUUUAAAAACGUGUGUUUUUAAAGGAAAUGAUAAACAAGAGAACAUUUUUAUAACUAUUAAAGCAGAUGUUGGUUUGUUUUCAGUGUCACAUGAUUGCUCAUAAUCCAGUUUGGUGAAGGAGGAUGUGAUGUCACUGUGAUUCUAUUUGUUACUUUCAGUGUGAAGCUUUUCUUUUUUCGUUUGUGUCCAAACUGAAUGUAUGUUUUCAGUCAAAUCCACUUUUUCUGCGUCCACGCUGAUUUUAAUGACCUUUAUUUUGAAAAAACUACUUCAGCAGCAGCUUCUGCAGUAAAAAAAAAAAACCUCUAUAAAGUUAAUCUUUUAUUUGUUUUUCCUCUGGUGGUUUUUGUGUUCAACUGUUUCUGUUUCCCGGGCUUUGACUUAAAAUCAGCGGUGAAGGUUCAUUUGUAUUUUAUUUUGAAGAGAUUCUGUCAAUGAAAUCUGUCAGAAAAGUUGCACUUGAAAUAAAGUUUUGUCACCUUUGA